UUCCCAAAACAUUCGUGUCGCUUCCAAACCUUAAAGACAAGAUUCGCAUGCUCAAAGAGUUCAUUUCUGGGAAGACUGAUGUUGCUUUAAAGUUCCCCAAGCACAGUGCUUCAGGUGAAGACCCAUCGAUCCAAUUGGAACUUAGAGCUGGGCAUGUCAUUUCAUUCUCAGAAGACAUUGAGGUGUUAGAAUUAACUCGUGAUGCAAUGAUAAAACCUAAAUCAAAAUCUGCACGCUCCACCAAAAUCUUGCACUCAACUCCAAAAUCCCAAGUGGCCCCCAAAGCUUUUGCAUCUGUUUCAUAUGCCAAGAAGUCUUUGCCUCCAACAGUUGGGAAUACUUCAAAUUCAGAACCCAUAGAUAACAACAAGAGAAAAACAACGAAAACAAAUCCAUCAAGAAGCAAAGAUCAAGCAAUCAAACCAACAGCUGAUGAAGUCAGUGAUUUGGGUGUUUGUGCUCUACAAUCAUCUGAAAGCGAAGAAUCAGACUCUGGUAAUGAAGAAGAAGAUUGGCUGGCUCCAUCUCCUCCUCCUCGUACCCACAACAAAAUCCCCCGGACUGAUGUAGAUCGCUGUAUUGGUGGCAGUGCCUCAAGUAAUGGUGCCGUUCACUCGGUCGUUCAUCGCAAUGAAAUUAUUCGGACUCCUCCAGUAUCUCGGUGUAACACGCCAUCAUCUUUCCGAACUCCAAGUAGAGAAGAGUUUUCGAAAGACUUGCAAUCUUUGAAUAAUGAAGCAUCUCAUCUGGAUGAUAGUAAUUGCAAUGAAGAAAAAAGUCAGGAGGCUCAGAUCAUUGGACAGUCAAAUUCCCUUCAAAACAUUGAGGAAGAAAAUUAUUUUUUCAAAGAACAGUUGAAUCAAAGCUUGAUUGAUUACGAACAUAUGAAAGCUGAAUACGAAAGGAAACUACAUGAAAAGGAAGAACUUAUAAAGAGUUAACGUGAUGAUAACCCAUUAGUACAAGCACAAAGUAGGGUUAAGACUGACAUCUAUUCAAGGUUGUAAAUUUUAAUUUGAUUUUAUAUUUUAAAUAGCUCUAAGGGAAUCUGUGUUGUU